UCCACGGGCUCCUCCUCCACAUGCUUGGCACGUCACUUCACAGUCUGCCUCACUUGCUCCUCACAUGGCAGGUGUUUCUAAGAACCCGUCACCAGGAGUGACUCUGACCGAUGCCCUGCCUCCAACCCGGAGCGCAGGAGUCCAUGGAGCCGGGCAGCGCCGCGCCCGGGCCGCCUCCUGCCGCCGGGACGGACGACACGGGGAAAGGCCUGGGCUGGUUCUUCUCUCCGCUGUGGAGCCCCCGCGCCAAGACGCGCAGGUUUGGAGAUGGUCUGACGAGCGACCGGGUGGAGGCAUGGUUGGAUGACCACUCGGAUUUCACGAGGGCCUACUUUUUACGAAGAGCGUCAGCGGUCAGUGUUCCACAGUCUCCACUGCUGCCCGCGUUUCCCAGAAGCAGCUCUGAUCAUCUCGACCUGCUCCUGAAGGCUCGCCAUGGCAGAGCUUCAUCUCCGCUGACCGUCUCACGCCUGAACAUCUCGUCUGAAACGGACGGGCUCAAACCUCUCGCCUCCAAUCUCAGUGGCCCUGACUGGAAGGAUCCCUUCAGUCCAGAAGUUCUCCGAACACACUCACCUUGCUCUCCUCCUCCCUCUACCCGUUUCUCCUUUUCUCCCAUUUGCCCCGGCUCUCCGGACUUGCCCCGCCCUCCUCCGCCCCUGUUCCUCACUGCAACAGACACUGCGGCCUGUGGCCUCGGCGAGGCCUGCCCAUGGUCCACGGAGCUCCUGAGAGGAGGUCUCAGCUGGAUAGGUUCUGUAGCAGAGCUCUGCCAGGGGGCUGUCGUGCACGCAGGGGACAUGCUGGCAGCUGAGGGCAGCUCCCUCUCUCUGGUAAAGAAGGAGUGUGGUGGAGGGAGCACCUUGGUGGAGGUGAUUGGCCCGACAGCGCUGGAUUGCUUGAGCAAGGUCGACAUCUGCAGCCCCUGGGAGCGGGAGCUGCUGAGGGAUAUCAUGGGAUGUGUGCUGGCUACAGGGUCUCCGAUGAACCUGAGAGACACAUCAGAAUGCCCGAUGUUUGUUUGCGAUGAAGAUCAAUCAUCACACUUUAAGAUCAGGACAGUUCUAAGUGUGCCGAUCAAGAACAACAGGGGAGAGGUGGUGGGUGUAGUGGCAAUGAUCAAUAAGCGAAGUUUAGAAGAUGGAUCAGCUUUUAUCAGCGUGGAUGAGAAGGUGCUGUCCAAUCAUAUGGAUGUGUUGGGGAUGUUCUUGGAUAAUGUCCAGCUGUACGAGAGCUCCAGGCAGGAGGCCAAACGCAGUCAGGCCUUGAUCGAGAUGGCACAGAUAUUGUCAAAGGAGCAUCAUUCCUUUGAGGUUCUGCUGAGCAAGAUGGCGGCUACUAUCAUGCCCUUCACACAUGCUCAGUACUGCACCAUCUUCAUCCCCGGGGAGAAAAGCCCAGCCAUCGCAAAUGAGAUUUUCUUCUCACGAGUGAUACACCUGGAGUGUGAGGAGCUCGGAUCAACCUGCCAGAUCUACAGGAGGGAGCGUGACAUCAGUCAUCUAGAUCCAUCAUACGCCCUUCGGACUCUGGUCACUAUGGAAACAAUCAAUAUGUCUGAGAGUUCUGAAGGAUCGAUAAAAAGUCUGAUCUGCUGCCCGGUUAGAAACGAGAGGUCUGAAAAUGUUAUCGCUGUGUGCCAGCUGAUGAACAAAUGCAGCAGAGACUCCGAUGACAUGGAGGCCUUUAACAAAUACGAUGAGCGUCUGCUGGAAGACCUGGCCGUGUACUGUGGCCUGGCUCUGCAGUACGCUCAGGCUGUGCAGAUCACAGAGGAGCGGAGGGCCAGUAUAGAGGUCACACAGGAGGUUCUUGCCUACCACAUUACCGCAGCCGAACAGGAAAUCCUGGCGUUGCAGGAGGUCACUAUUCCUUGUGCUGAAUCACUGCACAUUCUAGACUUCCAUUUCUCUCACUUUGGCCUGUCAGAGGACCUGACCACACAGGCCACCAUCCGUAUGUUCCUGGACCUCAAUUUAGUGCAGGACUUUAACAUUGACUACAAGAGUCUGUGCCAGUGGGUCCUGACUGUGAGGCGUGGGUACAGAAACAACGUGCCUUAUCACAACUGGAACCACGCGCUGAGCACUGCACAAAGCAUGUUCGCUAUGCUCAUGGCCACAGAGCAGCUCCGGACUAUUUUUUCCCGUCUGGAGAUCUUAGCGUUGAUGAUAGCCACUCUCAGUCAUGAUCUGGACCACAGAGGAGUCAGUAACUCCUAUAUUGAAAGGAGUCAACAGCCUUUAGCUCAGCUCUAUGGACACUCUUCUCUUGAGAACCACCACUACAAUCUAUGCCUCUUCAUCCUAAACAACACUGGGAGUCAGAUUCUCAGUGGCCUCUCUGCAGAGGACCACAGAACUGCACUACACAUGAUCAAAAGGGCAAUCCUCGCCACGGACCUGACCGUGUACACCGAGCGAAGGAACGAGUUCUUUUCUCUUGCUAACAAAAGCAGAGUGAGCUGGAAGAGUGAGAAACAAAGAGAGCUGUUAAGGUCGAUGUUGAUGACGGCCAGUGACCUCUCUGCUGUCACAAAACCGUGGCCUGAACAAAAAAGGAUUGCCAAACUGGUUGCCAUGGAGUUCUUUGCGCAGGGGGACAAAGAGAGAGAAGAGUUCAAAAUUGAACCCAUUGACAUAAUGAACAGAGAAAACAGCACUCGACUGCCAUACAUGCAAGUCGAAUACAUUGAUGAGAUCUGCUAUCCACUCUACAAGGCCGUGUCACGAAUGUUUGACACCUGCUCCCCACUGAUGAAUGGUUGUAAGAAAAACAGAGAACACUGGGUGCAUCUUGCAGAGGAAGCAGAGGAAGAAAACAGCGAUAACAUUAGUAUUGCAAGUCUGGAAACGCACAAAAACAGUGAGGAAGAUUCACAGUCAGAAGAAUAGAAGAUAGUACAGAGGACUAUACAGAAGACAAAGAGACUUUGAUACUUUCAAAAGCAAAAUAUAAUUUUACCUACACAAACCUGUUUCUCUCUGUCCACUCUGGGACACAUCCAAACUAAAUAUGGACUUUGACCAUUGAAUGUGUUAAUGGAAUAUACAAACUCUUGACUAGUGUCAGAUAUGCUGCAAUUAUGUCCCAAACAACUGAAUCCGUCAGAAGUGUUGAAUCUCACAUUGAUAUAAUUACCCAUUUUUAAAAGAUGACACCGGGAAAGUCUGCCCCAUGAAUUUGAUAAUUUCUAUACCUUAAAUGUAAUCAUUUCUGUUUUAAGAUUUUUAAAUGUUUAUUCGGGAUUUAAAACUUUGCAAAACAAUCUUAAGACUAAAGAGACUUAAUUUAUAUGUUCCCACAUUAUCAAAUCAGGAUUUGUGUUUCAGUAUUUCAGUAUGACGCAACAUUAUAGCACGUGAUCAUUAAGGGUCUUUGAGUCAGUGGGUAACCCGUGUUGUUUUAAAAACCUUGUUCAUUUAUAUUUACUGUGUGAUCUGAAUUUCUUGGCGCACUACUUUUCUUUUUUUUUCCCCACUAGCUAUUUAUUUGGUCUUUUAUGUUUCACAUUUCCAUCACCCUGGUCAGUUCCAAAAAGGAUUAUAUACUUUAUUUUCAGUCCACGUAACCUUUCAACUUAUGUGAACGGGAAAGGUGUAGACACUGUAAAUUAACUCAAAUUUAGUUUCCUGAAAAUAUGUGUACAGUAUUUUCUUUUUCCUGUUUUUUAAAUGUUAUACAUUGUCAAUUAUAUUCAUUCAAAUGCAAUAUUGUGUAAAUCCAUUCCCUCUGCCUCUGUCAGAAGUAGCACAGCUGCAAAUAAUUAAAAUUGAUAAAUGUUGCGUUAGAUUAAUAGUUGCGUUAAUCACAAUCAAUAGAUUUUAAUACAUGGGUGAAAUGAAAACAGAGGAUGCACA